AUUUGUUGUAUUCCAUUUGGCUCUUUAUUGAGCCCGAUGAGCACUUUGAGAAUUUAUUGCUUGUGGAAGUGGUUUGUAGUGUGUACUGUGUACUGUGUGGUCAUAAAACAGAGGAAAAAUGGCGGGAACAUUCGGCGCCUUCAGAUUUCGAAUAUCACAAGUCGCGGGUUUUUCUCUAUAUAAUGAUCCCCUGGGGUGCCGUUCCUGCAAAUAUCCAAAUCCUUUGCCACAACGAAAAUUUGUUGUCAAAAUGCCUCAAGCAGAGACACAAAACGGCAGACCAGAAGACAAAGAGCCAUCUCCCAAGAUCCCGAAACUCGACCAAAACGGCGUUCACGAAGCUUCGCAAAACAUCAGUUCUCUAUUGAGAGUGAAAAAGCUCUCCGAAAAGGCUGUUUUGCCUUCAAGAGGUUCUCCCCUUGCUGCAGGCUACGAUCUUUCUAGCGCAACAGAGACGAAGGUGCCAGCCAGAGGAAAAGCUCUUGUACCGACAGAUCUGAGCAUCGCAAUUCCUGAAGGAACUUACGCGCGUGUUGCGCCAAGAUCGGGGCUGGCGUGGAAGCAUUCAAUGGACGUGGGAGCAGGAGUUAUAGAUGCCGAUUACAGGGGUCCAGUUGGGGUGAUUUUGUUUAAUCAUUCAGACGUUGAUUUCGAAGUGAAAGCUGGUGAUCGAAUUGCCCAGUUGAUUAUUGAAAAGAUCAUGACCCCUGAUGUUCUGGUGGUUGAAGAUUUGGACUCCACUCUCCGAGGUGAAGGAGGUUUUGGAUCUACAGGUGUUUGAACCUCUUUGUUAGUUCUAUGUUAUAACUUUUAUGGUACUAUAAACUCAGGAAUUUGAGGUAGGUUUAAUGAACAGUUGGUGUGCAACCAAAUUACUUGUUUUGCUGUCUUCAAGUAUAAACGGCGUCGUCCGCAAUAGUGGUUGACGGUUCUUCCUAUCUACCAACUACAUAUGGGUUAUUUUUGGCUGUUAAU